ACAAAGAAACAAGUUGUGAAGAGUCUUUACCGUAGCCAGCAAGAAGUACCAAGAAAUUUAGUUAUGGAGGUUUACAAGGUUCUCGUCGUUUUCAUUGCCGCAAUUUUUCUUCACCGUGGAAAUUGCAGAGCAACUGGGUUUAACAACAUGGUGCGUAGAAUUCAAAACGGCGGAGUGUCGUCCACGCAGGGUGCUGCCCCAUGGAGACAAAAGAGGUCCCCUGGUGACGAGCCCAGUUGUUACACUGGCAGAGUUGUGUCAUUCACUUUGCCGAGCAACAAGACAGUUAUUGUUCCCGUAUGUAAGAAGAUUACCUCAUCCACAACCGCAUGUUUUAGUUCGAUGGCAAACAACAACAAUCAGAGGAAAUGUGUACCAUCUCAUAUGAUCACAGCGGAAGGAAUAGCAUUUAACACAGCCUGUUCAUGUGCACCAUAGAAUACAUUUAAAAGCUCAAAAAUUCUGAACUCUACGAUGUGUCAGGAACACAAGGACUAAAUU